AUGUCUUCCUCAAAGACCACCAUCUUCAUCACUGGUGCCACCGGCUACAUCGGCGGCUCCGUCCUAGAGCGUCUCCUUAAGCACCCCAAGGCAGCGACAUUCGAGAUCACUACGAUAGUGCGCUCCGCAGAGAAGGCCAAGAUCCUCAAAGAGAAAUUCGGCGUUGACGCAGCAGUUGGGUCCCAUGCCGACACCAAUAAGCUCACUGCGCUUUCCGAGAAGGCCGACGUCGUCUUCUCCUGCGCCGAUUCCGAUGACCUCUCUGCCAUGAACGCUAUCUUCAAGGGCCUCAAAGCAAGAUUUGAGAAGACUGGUGUCAAGUCAAUCCUCAUCCACACGUCUGGAACAGGUCUGAUCACGGACGAGGCGAAGGGCUUGUACGCGACUGAUAAAAUCUGGCACGACUCGCGCCCGGAGGAGAUUGAGUCCCUCCCGGACACUACUUUCCACCGCAACGUCGACCUCCCAAUCGUCAACGCCGACAAAGAGGGCUGGCUUCUUGGCUACAUUGUGCUGCCUUCCACCAUUUACGGCCUUGCCUCUGGUCAACUCGUCGACGCGGGAGUGAUGAACCGGCGUUCAGCUCAGAUCCCUCUCCUGAUCAAACUUGCCAUCGCACGCGGUCAGGGCGGCAUGGUCGGGCAAGGGAAGUCAAUCUGGAACAGCGUUCACAUCGACGACAUGGCGGACUUCUACCUCAUCCUCUUCAACGCGGCACUCGAGAAGCGGGAGGACAUCCCACACGGCCGCGAGGGCUUUUACUACUCCGAAAACGGCGAGCACACCUGGUAUGACCUCUGCAAGAUAAUCACGAAGGAGCUGCACGCGAAGGGCGCCAGCAAGACCGACGAGCCGACCACGUUUACGGACGAGGAGCUGAUCAAGGCGAUCGGCAACCUGGCUGGGGCGAACCUCGCGCUUGGGUCGAAUGCGCGGGCGCGCGGAGAGCAGGCUCGGGCAUUGGGGUGGAAGCCCAAGUACACGACUGAGGAUCUGUUCGCGAGCAUCAAGCCUGAAGUAGAGGUGGCGCUCACGGCAUAA